AUGUUUUGCCCAGUGGAAGCAAUAGGUGACAGUGGGCAGGCUCACCCGUUUCGACGACGCGGCGCCCCCGGCUCCCGGGCGAAGCAAGGCUCCGAGAACGAGGCCGAGGCUGAGGAAGCCGAGGAAGCUGAUGCGGCGUACGCGACAUUUAACGAGGCCCCGCAAGCCGGAUCGCAGCGGCCUCCUGCGAGAGAAGGCGCGCAGGAUGGCCGGCGGGACAUGGGGCAGAGCGAGAGCUACAAGGAGAGGUUGGCGCGGACGAUAUACCUGAGCAACUUGUCGUACAACUUGCGCAACGAGGAGAUUGAAGCGGAGAUGAGCAAGUUUGGCGAGAUUGAGUUUAUGCAUAGGCAUCGGGAGAAGCGAGGCACGAUGCACCUGAUUUUCAAAGACCUCGAGGCGGUGGAGCCUGCUCUCAAGAAGCUCAACGGCAGCUUCUGGCAAGGGCGCAUGGUCAAGGCGGCGCCGAGCCUGCGUCUCCCCAACUACCCGUUCAAUUCGCAACCGCAGCGCGUCAUCUUUGUCAAGCGGCUCCCGGUAGACCCCGCGGAUGAGGAGCUCAACGACCUGUUUGCCAACUUUGACGGUCUCUGGAACAUUCGGCUCAACGAGUCGCAGGUGGGCGAGCACGAGGGCUCAGCCUACCUCGAAUUCAACACGGUGGAGCAGGCGCAGGAGGCGAUGAAGGCCCUCGUAGGGCAGCAGUGCAGGGGACAGAGACUUUACAUCAACUUCUCAGACCGGCGGGCUCAGUGGCGGGAUAGGCGCGCGGGCCGGAGCUCGACGCGGUACCGUCGGGGAUCCUCGGGCACGUUUGAGAGAGCCACCAUGUCUUUCCUCGGUGGCGGCGCGGAUUGCUCCACGGCGGGCAACCCGCUCAGCCAGAUGAAGAGUCACAUGCAAGAUGACAAGUCGCUACAGCGUGAUCGCAUGGGUGCGCGAGGGCCUGCCGGCGCUGCUGGCGGGUUUCGCACCCAGAAUCCCGGGGCUCCCCAGGAUGAGAUGAUGAACGGCUUUCUCAACCAGACCCCCGGCCUCCAGCACGAGAUGCCCAUGCAGAACGGUCCCCUGAUCGAUACGACACAUGGCGUCCACCUUCGCGCGAGCUCCGCCUCUCCCACGUGGGGCCAUGCCGGCUUCGCUCACAACCAAGCCGAUAUUCUCCGACCCCAACAUAACGGUAGCCCGUUCAAUGCCCAAGACAUGCAGCAGCAGCACCAGCCGCAAAUGUUUGGUGGCGGUAUGGGCAUGGGCAUGGCGCGGCCGUUCGCCAUGUCGUCUGGCAUGCAGCACAUGCACUACUCCGACCCCAUGAUGAUGAGGCAGGCCGAUGUCAAGGGUAAAGGAAAGGAGCGACUGGUUGAGCUCGACGACGAGAAGUGGCAAGAGGAGUUUGAUAGGAUGGCACUCCUCGACUCGCAAAAGGAGGACGCGCAAAAGGGAGAAGAGACGGUAGAGGCCCAGACCGCAGACGGCGGCGUGCAGUCCGAAACCCUCGACGGCGAUUUUGAGUCGAUAUGGCGCGGGAGCCCCGUGGACGUUGACUGGAACAACUACGACUUUGCCGGCUUUGACGAUUGGAGCCGUGAGCUGCCUCGCAUGCCCGAGGAUUACCUCUUUGAAGAAGAGAACCUGUUCAAAGAUGCCAACAACGCCUUCGAGACAGGUGUGAGGAUCACCAAGGAGGGCGGCAAUCUCUCCCUCGCCGCGCUUGCCUUUGAGGCCGCCGUUCAGCAGAAUCCCGAACACGUCGAGGCCUGGGUCUACCUCGGCACCAGCCAAGCCCAAAACGAAAAGGAAACGGCGGCUAUCCGCGCCCUCGAGCAGGCCGUCAAGCUGGACCCCAACAACCUCGAGGCCCUCAUGGGCCUCGCCGUUUCCUACACCAACGAGGGAUACGACGCGAGGGCGUAUAGGACGCUCGAGCGCUGGCUGUCAGCCAAGUACCCGCAAAUUGCCCAGCUUCACCAGUCCGUCACCGAAAACUUCAUCCGGGCUGCGCAGCUGAGCCCGGGCGGCGAGCACAUGGAUCCCGAUGUCCAGGUCGGUCUCGGUGUCCUCUUCUACGGCAUGGAAGAGUACGACAAAGCCGUGGACUGCUUCCGGUCCGCCCUUGACUCCGCCGAGAUCGGCUCCUCCACCCAGCGGGAGCAGGUUCACCUCCUCUGGAACCGCCUCGGUGCCACCCUCGCCAACAGCGGGUCCCCGAGGAGGCCAUCGCCGCCUACCAAAGGCCCUCAACCUGCAGCCCAACUUUGUGCGCGCCCGCUACAACCUCGGCGCCCUCGAGAUGCACAAGUCUAUCGAAAGGAGGGCCGCGCGCAGGCUUUCGAGAUUCUCGGCGGCGGCGCCGGCGGAGGGUCCCGCGCGGGACUCGGCGAGCAGCUUGACCGCAUGAGCGGCCAGAACCGAAGCACGACGCUCUACGAUACCCUGAGGAGGGUGUUUACCCAAAUGGGCCGAAGGGAUCUAGCGGAGAAGACGAUUGUGGGCGUGGACCCCGAGAUCUUUAGGAAGGAUAUCGACUUUUGA